AGCCAGCGCUUUGUUUAUAUAUCUAUCACAAACUUCUGUACAAAUAAGUCUCUGUCUUUGCCAUGUGCUUCCUGCCUGUCUCUCCAAACUUACACCACCUUCUUUUCCCCUCCUCUUGUCAAUCCUCGCCUUCUUCUCGGGCGUUCUUUUCUUUUUCCCCAGCCGUGGAUCGAUCCAUCGAUUGCGUCUCGAUCUUCCGUGCGGCGAGAGGAGUGAAUGAGGGCACCGCCACCCCGAUCAAAUUCGUGUUCUUGUGAUUGUCCCUUUGGAACCCAAGGAAUAAGCUCUAGCGGAUCAAUCAGUCGAAAGAAAGAGAGAGGUAAAGAGAGAGAGAGAAAGAGAGACAUAGAGAGGAAUGAUCCUUGAGAUCACGAGAUGAUGACGAAGAGGGUUUUCGGGAAAGGAUCUGGGCGUGGCUGAUCGCGAUUAUAAAUGCAAAUCCCAAUGUCGGGGGACAGGGGGGGAUUGGGGGUCGUUUUCUGGGAUCAGCCUCGCACUGAGCCGCGUCGUCACUAGCUAGCUUCACGAAACAAGGCUGUGAAAGUGCCUCUUCUUCUUCUUCUUCUUUCUCUUCUACUUGGAGAGAGAGCUCUUCACUUCACUCCCUUUCUCCUUUGGCUCCUUGCUCAGAGCUUUGCUCGGCCAGAAGAAGAAAGAACACGAGGAAACGAUCAAUCCCAGGCCUAGUGGACUGGAAAAAGCGAGGGUGUAGAGAAAGAUCGAUCGUGCAUUUGGGGGAUUCCGUCAGGAGCUUGCCUGAUAGACAGGCUCUGCGUUUGUUCUUGUGCCUUCUUUCCGCUCGAGGAGCUACCUACAUUGGCUGCGAGGAGAUUGGGAGGGAGAUAGAUUGGAAACAGCGGUCCUAUGGAGGAUAGGGAGAUGGGGCCUGUAGAACGCACACGAAAAUGCCCCAUCCUCGAGCACCACCAACAGGCGAGUAGCAGCAGCAGCGGUGGAAGCUUUGGAUUUCCAGCGUCGCCAGUGUGUUCCCGGCUCAAUCUCUUGCUCCUCAUCAGCCUCGCGUCGCUGCUGCUCCAGGUUCCCGGUGCCUACGCCACCCGAGAUUUGGAUCAUCGCCCAGCAGAUGAUCGAUCUCUCGUGGGCCGCGCCACUUCACUGUCGCUCCAGCAAGAAAUGCAAGCGCUGCUGUCCUUCAAGGCCUCGAUCGUCGCGCACAACCCCGGGAAGAGCUCGAUCCUCGAUGGCUGGAACCCUAGCGAUGGCGAUCCCUGCAAGUGGGGUGGGAUCCAGUGCAGCCAGGGGCCCGAGGGCGUCCACGUCACAGCCAUCGAUCUCUCCUCCAACAAUCUCGCCGGAUCCAUCCCCGAGGGCCUCGCCAAUCUCUCCUACCUCUCCUCGCUCUCCCUCGCGCUCAAUUCCUUCUCCGGCCGCCUCCCAGGCGAUCUCUCCCGCUGCUCCAGCCUCGCCGAGCUCGAUCUCUCCAGCAACCAGCUCCACGACACGAUCCCGCCAUCGCUCCUGGACGAGCUGCCCUCUCUCGCCACCAUCAAUCUCGCCUACAACGAUCUCGUGGGCGGGAUCCCCGACGAGUUCUUCUCGCCCAGAUCGUGCGCCAAUCUCCAGGCGCUCAAUCUCUCCAGCAAUCCCGGCCUGGGCGGGCCCCUGCCGGGAUCUCUCAAGAACUGCCGCGCGAUCGAGCUCCUCGACGUCUCAAGCUGCAAUCUCACAGGAUCACUCCCAGACGACACGAUCGCGAGGCUGCCGCUCCUCUCCAAUCUCGUCCUCCGCGAGAAUGGAUUCGUGGGCGAGGUCUCGCCGGAGUUCUUCUCCAGCUGCCAGAACCUCGAGAGCCUGGAUCUGGCGCUCAACAAUCUCACUGGAGACAUCCCCGCCCAGAUCGAGAACUGCAGCAAGCUCGUCAAUCUCGCCGUCUCGGCGAACAGUUUCCACUCCCUGCCGCGGGAGAUCGGCGGGCUAUCGGCGCUGGAGCGCCUCCUCGCGACGCACAACGGGUUCACGGAGCUCCCCGCGGAGCUGGAGCGGUGUUCCAAGAUUAGGGUUCUUGCGGUGAGUGGGAAUUCUCUCUCGGGGCCACUGCCUGGAUUCAUCGCCAAGUUCUCGAGCCUGGAAUUCCUGAGCGUCUACACCAAUCGCUUCGUGGGCGCCGUCCCGGCGUGGCUGGGCGGGCUGCGAUCGCUGCGGCACCUCGACGCCAGCAACAAUUUGUUCACGGGCGAGAUCCCGGUGGAAAUCUCCGGCGCCAGCGAGCUCCAGUUCUUGCUCCUGGCAGGGAACGCGCUCAGCGGCGAGAUCCCUCGCGAGAUCGGCAGCAAGCUCCUCAAUCUCCAGGUGCUGGAUCUCUCCCACAACCAAAUCUCGGGCAGGAUCCCUCCAUCGCUGGGCAACCUCAAGUUCUUGCUGUGGCUGAUGCUCGCGAGCAACGAUCUGGAGGGCGAGAUCCCGGCGGAGCUGGGGAAUUGCAGCAGCCUCCUGUGGCUCAACGCGGCCAGCAAUCGCUUGUCGGGAUCGCUGCCGGAAUCCAUCGCCUCCAUCGGGAGUGGCGUCAAUGCGACCUUCGCGCUCAACGCAAGAACCCUACCGCUCAUCCCCAAGGGCAUGGGCGAGUGCGAAGCGGUCAGGCGCUGGAUCCCCUCCCAGUACCCUCCCUUCGAUCUCAUCUCCACGGUCAUGACGGUCGAGCGCUGCCGGAGCUUCUGGAAUUUGCUCCUCCGCGGGAUCUUCAUGUAUCCUCUCUGCCCCAGCCGCCCAUCCGAGGAAUCCAUGGGCUACAUCCAGCUCGCGAGCAAUCGACUGACAGGACCCAUCCCAGGGACGCUGGAUCGCUGCCGGCAUUUGGGGCUCCUCUUCCUGGAUCAAAACAACCUCACUGGAUCCAUGCCCCAGAGCUACUCCAUCGCGCUCACGGGGCUCAAUGUCUCGCGCAACGCCCUCUCCGGAUCGGUGCCGCGAUCGAUCGGCGCGCUCUCCUGCGUGGUGAGCCUGGACCUCAGCUACAACAAUCUCAGCGGGAGGAUCCCCAGCGAGCUCCAGAACCUCUCCAAGCUCAAUCGAUUCAACAUCUCCUACAAUCCAGAGCUCGUCGGCCCAGUCCCAAGCGGUCAGCAAUUCUCCACCUUCGGCCCCAGCGUCUACGAGGGCGAUCUCAAGCUGUGCUCCUCCUCGUCCAGCGUCAUGGGGAUGAAGAACCCUAAUUCUUCCCUCCCAUCUUGCGGGAAGCUCGGCGAUGGCGGCGGCGAUGGCGAUGGAGGCGGCGGCGGGGGCGGAUUCCUCCCGCGGAGCUCGCGGAUCGCGGUGGCGACGGUGGUGGGGAUCAGCCUGGCGUGCACGCUGGGGCUGAUCGUGCUCGCACUGCUAGGGUUUUGCCUCCUGGGCAAGGCGGCGCCGCCCGGGCCCGGUGGCGCCGCCAUGGACUUCGUCAUGGUGGGCGGCAAGGAGCACCACCGCCACUUCGCGCCGGAUCACGCCGCCGCCGCCAGCGUCCAGGUAUCGCUCUUCUCGGUGGAGCUCCCCAAGCACCUCACGUACUCGGACCUCGUCUCCGCGACGAGCAAUUUCGACGAGACGAAUGUGGUGGGCAGCGGUGGAUUCGGCAUCGUCUACAAGGCCAAGCUCGCGGAUGGAUCCACCGUCGCGAUCAAGAAGCUCAUCCAGGAGGGUCCCCAGGCCGAUCGCGAGUUCCUGGCGGAGAUGGAGACGCUGGGUCACCUGCACCACGAGAACCUCGUCCCGCUGCUCGGCUGCUCCAGCUAUGGCACCCAGAAGCUCCUCGUCUACAAGUACAUGGAGAAGGGAUCGCUGGACGACUGGCUCCACGAGAAGCCCGGAGGAGCGCAAGCGCUAGAGUGGCCGAUCCGGCUCAACAUCGCACUGGGGAUCGCGAGAGGAUUGAAGUUCCUCCACCACAAUUGCUCGCCGCCGAUCGUCCACCGCGACAUGAAAGCUAGCAACAUCCUCCUGGACGACAACUUCGAGCCGCGGCUCACGGACUUUGGGCUGGCCAGAGUUCUCGGAGCGCAAGAGACGCACGUAAGCACGGUGGUGGCCGGGACGCUGGGCUACGUACCGCCGGAGUACUGCCAGACGUGGAGGGCUACCGCGCGGGGCGACGUUUACAGCUUUGGCGUGGUGCUGCUCGAGCUCGUCACCGGGAGGAGGCCCAUGUCCAUCUCGUUUGGAGGCGAGAACAAGGAUCACGGGUGUGGGAACUUGAUCGAGUGGUCGGCUUACCACGUGAAGAAGGGGAUCGCGGCGGAGGUUUGCGACCGGAUCGUGCUGCGCUCGGCGGCUCCCGGGGAGCUGCUGGCGUUCCUGCGGCUGGCGGUGGUGUGUACCGCGGAGCUGCCCAUCCGGCGGCCGACGAUGCGGGAGGUGCUCAAGGUUUUGGAGGAGAUCAAGGCGGGGAACUACGCAGCGAUGCUGCAGGGAUCAUCGCAGGGGGGUCACCAGUUUCGGUGAAAGUGUAUGGUUUUAGAUCGAGCAGGGCUCCCGGUUCUAGACGAUCAAUCAGAAGACUCUACGAGGCAGGUUUGAUGAUCGAGCUCUUGGAGAUGGAUACCUUCUUGGCUUCCAUCUCUCCCAGAGAUCAAACUUUUAUCUCCCAGCAACAGGCAAAGAUCGAGCUGGAUCUCCUAAUCCGAUCGAUCGAAACAAGCUGUGGGAAGUUUGACCAUUCCUUUCCGAGUGGAAAGAAAGGUGGCGGAUCCAACAGACAGUAUAUAUCAUCAGGACGACGGACGCUGCAGCAUUUAGAAGUUGACGAGACCAGUAGAACCAACACCAACUUGAAUGACAACUUCUACUACUUGGGCUUUUAAGAGUGUUAAAUUAUAAUCCAGGGGAAGAUUUCUAGACACCUCAAGGAACGAGUUCCUUUUUGUCCUUCGCUUUUUUCUCUCUUUGAAGCUCGAACCCUGCAAUGCUCUCUUGGUACGAAGAAAAGAAACAAAAGCAAAGGAAAAAACACUGA